AUGGCUCUCCCCGUGCGGUCUUCCGCUCAAGCGCCUUCCUCCCGCCUGCAAGAAAUCAUCGCCGAGUCAGAGCGCAUCGAAGAGUUAUCGGAUUCCGAGGGCGAGUACGAAGACAUGGGCACCGCUACCAUGGAAGAGCAGGCCAACAUUGCGUAUCUGGAGAGUGUGAAGAUGCCGAUAAGAGAUGGACUGGAGACGGCUACGUCGAGACUGCAGGACGAGACGCUUGAUGUUGUUCUGCCGUUUUUGGAGGGCAAUCCGCAUGACUUCCCGCUAAAUGUUUAUGGCUUGCCGAAACUUCAACGGAAGAGUCAUAUUGCUAUGCUGGAGAUGGCGCUGGGAGACUACCCGGCCCCGUUUGCUAUGAUGGAUGCAUCGCGACCGUGGAUCAUCUAUUGGGGGUUGCAGGGCUUGUCGGCUUUGGGGCAUGAUGUGUCGAAGUAUCAGAAACAAACAGCACACACAUUCUCUCUAGCACAACACCCUGAAGGUGGGUAUGGAGGCGGCUAUGGCCAACUCCCUCAUCUCGCAUGUACUUAUGCUACUGUGCUCUCCCUUGCCAUGGCCGGGGGUGAAGAAACUUACGAGUCUAUCGACCGCAAAGCCAUGUGGCACUAUCUAGGCCGUAUGAAGCAAACAGAUGGCGGCUUCACUAUGGUUGCUGGCGGCGAAGAAGAUAUCCGUGGCGCCUUCUGCGCUGUCGUCAUCCUCUCCCUCUUGAACAUCCCCCUCGACCUCCCCCCGGAUGCACCUGCGCGCGCCAACGGGCUCACUACCUUCGUCGACAAUCUAGGCGACUGGGUAUCCAAGUGCCAGUCCUGGGACGGCGGAAUCUCUGCAGCGCCAGGAAACGAGGCACACGGUGCGUAUGCCUUCUGCGGCUUAGGGUGUCUGUCGAUCAUUGGUCCACCAAAAGAAACGCUGAACAAAUACCUGAACGUGCCGCUUCUGAUUCACUGGCUCUCCUCCCGUCAAGCUAGCCCAGAAGGCGGCUACAACGGUCGCACCAACAAGCUCGUCGACGGCUGCUACUCCCACUGGGUAGGCGGCUGCUGGUCUCUAGUCGAAGCCGCGACCACACCCGGGCUAUGGAAUCGUACGGCUCUCGCGCGGUACAUUCUCUCUGCCGCUCAAGACAAGAAGGGCGGGCUUAGAGACAAGCCUGGCAAGCACUCUGAUGCGUAUCAUACGUGUUACAACCUGGCUGGCUUGAGCCAUGCUCAGCACAAGUACGUGUAUGAUGAGGAAGUGAACAAAGGACUUGGGAGUGGGAACCUGGGGGCGCCGUAUCACUGGAAGACGGAGGGGGAGUUUGAGCAGGACGACGUGUGGGGUGAGGAGGAUGUAGUCAGGGGUGUGCAUCCCGUGUUCAUCAUUCCGUACAGGGCGGUGUAUGAGUGCAGGAGGUAUUUCGAGGAGAAAGAGAGCUUCUGA